GUGGCAGAGAGAGCAAACACUCACACACACACACACACACACACUUUCUCUCUCUCUCUCUCACACACACACACACACGUACCGGUGACUGGAGACUGUCGACGUCUGGGGACGGAGGAAGCUCGAUACUCUUCUCUCUCAUUUCCUCAUUCAUUUAUUCAUUUACAAAUUUAUUUAUUUGUGCGGCGUUUAUUAUUAUUUUUGCCCAAUCAAACAUGAACGGGGUAACGAGAAGUCUGUGUACAUUCGAGGACAUCAGAAAUCAAGAAUAUGCGGACGGGUGCAGGCGACUCCGGCUCACACUGCACGACCAGAGCCAGGCAGCUCGGAAAACGGAGCAGCACAGGGAAAAGCCAGUCGGACGAGCCUUUGCUCUGGUGCAGCCGGCCAGCGACAGAACAGCUGUGACCCCUGAGCCGGUCAAAUCUACAGGCGAGCAGGUCGAGGUCAUCAAGGUGUAUCUAGAGGCCCGCAAACAAGAGCAGCAGAAACACCAGCAGAGCCUGAAGAUGCUGUCGGACGAAGUCACACAGAUACAGGAGGUGAGGUACUGCCUGAAAACACUGAGGGAGCAGAUGGCGGCCAAAAACAAGCUGCAGACAAACGGGUGGAAAGUCAGCAUUCCCUUCAGAAAGACCACUUCGACUGAGCCCAAGGGAGAAGCUAAAGCUGACGGACAGGAGGCAGAUGAUGAGGCGGAGAGAACCAAGCUGAGGGAAGUCAGCAAGCGCUUAUAUGCACAGCUGCAGGAAGCUGAGAAAAAACACCAAGAGGAGAAGGAGAAAAUGCAGGCUGAAGGCACAAGGCUGAGGGAGCGUUUGAUCGACCAGGAGGAGAAGUUGAAGACCACAGAAGAAGCCAGCGAGGGGAAAGACAUGCGCAUCGAAGAACUGCAGAGGUUUCUGGGAGGGAUGAAGCAGGAGAGCGCCACCCUGCGGGAGGCGAUCCGCAGCCGCGAGGAGGAACUCCUUCAGCUGCGCAAGAUCAGAGAGGAGGGCCAGAAAGGGGACCAGAGAGCUGAACAGUUGGAGAGGGAGGUGGCUGUUCUCAAGGAGAAGAUCCACCAUCUGGAUGACAUGCUGAAAAGCCAACAGAGGAAAGUCAGGCACAUGAUUGAACAGCUCCAGAACUCCCGCAUGGUGAUCCAAGAGAGGGAUCGCGUGAUCAAAGACCUGGAGGAGAAAGUGGCGUUCUUGGAGGCUGAGAACCGAGAGAUGCAUGACCAGAUGGACUACUUCCUGGGAGGACAGAGGUCAAAUUCCUACCUUUCAUCAGAGCGCAACCCCCAGAUUGUCUACAGUAAACCAAUCAAGCUGUCCAACUCCUCCAACAAGCCGCUCCCUUUCAUCAAAGUCAUCGAGAUCAAGUCAUGAAGAGACUGUGCGGAGGAAUGAUACAGUUCUGGGGUGACGCUCGCAGAACCACGAAACCUUUUUCGACGCAGGCUGAAACCAAACAGCAGCUCUACAACCACGUUUGAUCCUGUGAACAGUCAGAGCUGAGCUUCUUGGACUACAACUACAACAACACUAACCACAAACACUAUUGAAGGAAAAUGUGUGGUGUUUGGCAACGCACAUACUCUGGGGUCUGGUGUGUGCGUGUGCGCGCGUGUGUGUGUGCAUAACAAAUGAGUGUGUGUGUAUGUCAGCUUAAUUGUAGAUACAUAAAGUGCACCGAUGCACCUGAUGUGCUUUUAAAGUUUCACAUAUAAUACAGCACUGUGUGCAAGUGUUUUCAAGUCAUACCCUGUUUGAUCACUUGUUUGAGCUUUGAGUUUAUGGGCUCUGUGUUGUUGUGUGUAGUUGUUGUUGUUGUUGUUGUUGUGGGCAGGUUGGCAAAGCUUUUUGCCAGUGGGGAAUGAUGUAGUAAAAUCCAUAUACAGUAAUUUAGCACCAAUAUACUGUAGCUGACUUAGCCGUCAUGACGGAUCAGUUUCAUGUCAAAAAAUCACUAACCUGAGGAUGUGAAUCCUGUGUCCUUGUACUCAUUAGCCACUCCUACAGGAUUCCGUUCACUCUGCAGAGUGAAUAGUAUGAUGCGUUUAGCUUGUAAAUACUGACUGUAGCCUAUAUAGGGUCAACACCCUGCACUGUGCAGUUUUAACAAUGUUUUUAAGCCCCAAACAACAAUAUGGCACUUAAAGAAACUGUAGUAGUAGGAGAAAUUAAGAUGUGUGGCAGUAUUGCUGCUUCAUAGCAGUUUCAUUAUUAUUAUUAUUAAAUUAUAAAGCAUUUCAGUUCCCUGCCAUUAUGUGUAAAGUCACCUGGUUUUGUACAUACUUUUAAUUCACUUGAUGUUUAAAUUUCUGCCUAACAACUUUCAUAUUUGUAUUUAUUUAUAUAAAAUAAAACAUCUAGACAGAU